AUGGCAGACUGUCGUGGAACCCUGGCGAAUGGAUGGGGCUUUAUGUCUUAUACCCUCGAAAUAUUGACGUUUGGAAACCAGUCAUUGUCCAUGCAAACUCUAUUGGGUGAUGACGAUACCAAGAACAGCAUCCCCGUGGCUCUGGCAGCAACCGGUGAUUUGUAUUGGAUGGCCCCAUUGUAUUUAGUCUCGUUUUGUCAAAUUGAUGUCUCGAAGUUUCCUUUCGAUACACAAACGUGCGAUAUCGAGUUAUCCACAUGGAUGCUGGACGACGCCGUGUUGUCUCUCCAGCACUCGAGCGAGGAAAUCGUCCUUGAAGAAUACACGGAGAGUGGCGAGUUUGUCAUCGAGAGCACGACCACACUUAAAAAGGACAAGCUUCAACUGCAGUACGUAAACGUCAAGGCACUCGUGUACCGUCUUGUCCUCCGUCGCAGGAGCACGUACUACAUCGUUAAUCUGGUACUUCCCGUCAUGCUCCUUCAGGUUUUAGGUGUACUAGUGUUCAAGAUUCCGGCUAGUAGCGGAGAGAAGCUGUCCUUUUCUCUAACCAUGAUGCUGUCGCUGACCGUUCUGAUGACCAUGGUCAGUGCGAUGAUACCUACAACGUCUCUGCAGGUAUCCGUUUUCAGUAUUUACCUGCUGUGUGGGGCGGUUGCUAGCGCUCUAGAAGUCGUCAUCACCGUGGUUAUUCUCUACCUUAACAGCCAUGGUGAAAAGCGGUUGCCUCCGUUCCCCUGCUCUUCAGAGCGUUCCACAGUUGUAUGGCCUUAG